AUGUCUGGAUUGCAGGCAGUUGACGAGGUAGAUAUUGCAGGUUCUUUGGCGCCAAAGAACCCCAAGUCUGAUGGCUUUGGCACAGGAAUUGCAGACACUUCGGUAGUUUCCGAAGACGCCAACAAUGAACCAGAAAAUGAAGAGGACGAUGAAGCAUUCAUUGCUUCAAACAUUUUAAAAUCAAAUAGAAAAACAAAAGGAAAGAAGCUUGGUGGCAAAGCUUCCAACUUUCAAGCGAUGGGUUUGAGUCCAAAUGUCGUUCGUGCUAUUUUAAAAAAAGGCUUUAAGGUUCCCACCCCUAUUCAAAGGAAGACAAUUCCUUUGGUUUUGGAAGGACGCGACGUAGUCGGUAUGGCUCGUACUGGUUCGGGUAAAACAGCCGCUUUUGUAAUUCCCAUGAUUGAACGUCUCAAGUCUACCUUGGCACAAUCAGGUACCAGAGCCAUAAUUUUGUCUCCAAGUCGUGAACUUGCCUUGCAAACAAUGCGAGUUGUUAAAGAUUUCAACAAAGGUACUGACCUUCGGGUUGCCGCAAUCGUUGGUGGUGUUAGUCUUGAAGAACAGUUUAGUAUUAUGACCUCGAAGCCAGACAUCAUCAUUGCUACUCCCGGUCGAUUUAUGCAUCUUAAAGUUGAAAUGAAGCUUGAGCUCAAUGUAGUCGAGUAUGUAGUAUUUGAUGAGGCUGAUCGUCUUUUUGAAAUGGGUUUUGCCGCUCAACUUACUGAAAUUUUGCACGAUUUGCCCUCUUCUCGUCAAACUCUUCUAUUCUCUGCUACUUUACCUCGUACUCUUGUUGAUUUCGCAAAGGCCGGUCUUCAAGAUCCCGUCUUGGUGCGUUUAGACGUUGAAUCGAAAGUUUCUUCUGACCUUCAAAGCGCCUUUUUUUCCGUCAAAACCGCUGAAAGGGAAGCUGCUUUACUAUACAUUAUACAAGACGUUAUCAAGUUAACCCUCAAACGUGAUAUAAAACCCGUGGUUUCUAUGAACUCUGAAAAUCCUAGAAAGCGUAAGAGAAUUAUGGAAGCUGUCAGUCAAGGAAGAUUUUCUGGCUCUUCUGAUGCUACCCUUGUGUUUGUACCCACCAAACACCACGUUGAAUAUAUUUCUAAUCUACUUAUCCUUGCCGGUUAUUCAGUAUCUACCAUUUACGGCUCACUGGAUCAGGAUGCCCGUACGAAUCAAAUUAACAACUUUCGACUUGGUUACACUAAUGUACUUGUUGUGACCGAUGUGGCUGCUCGUGGUAUUGAUAUACCGCUUUUAGCUAAUGUUGUUAACUACGACUUUCCUCCUCAGCCGAAAGUUUUCGUUCAUCGUGUCGGUCGUACUGCUCGUGCUGGCCGUACCGGUUGGGCUUAUACCCUGGUCCGUUCCGAAGACGCUGGUUAUUUUAUGGAUUUACAAUUUUUUUUAAACAGGGAAAUUGUCACCACUAAUAAGAAAGUGAAAACCGCAGAUGAUUGUGACUUUACCAAGCAAUUGGUUUUGGGAAGUCUACCAAUGGCGUCUGUCUCCGAAUUAUUUGAAUGGGUUCAACGAGUCCUUGUUGAAGACGUUGAAAUUGAGCAAUUAUUUAAAGUAGCUGCUCGUGGUGAAAAAUUAUAUUUUCGUACAAGGCCAGCAUGCAGUCCUGAGAGUGCUAAGCGGGCAAAGGAACUAGUAAAUACUAGCGGUUGGAAAUUAGUAAACCCCUUGCUCGGUAAUUCAACGAAUAUUGAGGCAGAUUCGCAAUUUAGUGACCUAUUGGCAAAGGUUUCUUCAUUCCGCCCUUCCGAAACUAUUUUUGAGAUUGGUCAACGUGGACAACAUCGCUCUGAUGCUGGUGAGAUUAUGCGCCAACGAAGGAGUAAGAUUAAACCGAAAGGUCCCCAACACACUACCAUUGAUAAUGAUGUACUAGAUGAUGGGGAAGUUCCUACGAUUACAAACGAUGAGCCAGGACUGUCUGAAGCAGAGCUUGAAAACACUUUCAAAACCCCUCAGAGUUUGAAAAAACAACAGAAGGACUCUCGUGAUUUUCGCGAUAGAGAGUACUACAUGUCUCACUACGCACCGAAAGAAAAUAUACAAGAAAGUGGAUAUGCCGUUAAUUCUGGAGAGAACUUUUCAUUGGCAGCUCGCCACGCUGUUUUAGAUUUAACCAAUGAUGAUGGAUUCAGUCAAACGAACAGUGGUGGGCAACGCUGGGAUCCCAAGAAAAAGAAGUUUGUUAAUACCCGUAAUGAUGAAGACGGUUCUAGAGGUGUUAAAAUCAUUCGUGGUGAGAGUGGUGUGAAAUUACCAGCUACAUACCGUAGUGGUAGAUUUGAGGCUUGGAAGUCUAAUAAAGCACAGGGCAAUAAUAGUUCCAUGCCAUUAAAUGACAAUGGUAAUAAACAAUUCAAGCAUAAACAGGUUAAAGCACCGAAAGCCGCUGACAGAUAUCGUGAUGAUUACAGAGUUCGAAAGACCAGAGUCAAGGAAGCCAAAGAAAAGGGUAUUGGUGUUACAGUUGGCAAUGAACUUAAGUCAGCUCCCCAAAUCCGGAAGGAACGUGAACUCAAAGAAAAGAGGAAAGCUAAGACUGCUCGUCCCUCCAAAAAACGCCGUUAA